AGGACAAAUUAAAAUCACUGAAAACUUUCUAAGCUUUUAUUUUUGCUUCAACAUUUAUCCCCAAAAAAACAGAAAAAAUGCGGAAUGAGAAGUGAGAGGAGGACGAGGGGGAGGAGGGACGCUGGACUGGGAUCAGAUGUCUGGACUCUGGAGGAGGAGUCAAGGUCUCAGACUGAGCUCAGAUUCACACAAAAGACUAGGACUGCUGAGACGGAGACAACCGUUUCUCUGCCUCUCUCUGUGUCUUUGUGGACAGGAUGGGGGGAUGACAGAGGACGGGUCCUCAAACAUUGUCCCCCUGGUGCAGCAUUAGCAGGAGGAGGACGACUUGGGAGGUGAAGCUGAGUCAGCACUUCUGUGUCUGUCCCGGGAUCAGAGUGAAGACAGACGGACGGACAGACAUGGACAGAAGACGAGUGAAGUUUGAACGGGUAAAGGACAGAGAGAGGAGAAGAUGUGGGAGAGAGAGAGGGAGGGUGAUCGAGCUCCACAUGGCUGCAGCUGAUGUCGACAGGAAGUCCUGGACUUUCAGAAUAAGAGCUUCACCGGAAAAAAACAAACACUGACCUCUGACCUCGGUCCAGAUGUCCACAUGCAGCUGAACUUACGUCCUUCUCCUCUCGCUUUAGCACCGCCAGGUUCUCGAAGCACCUGAGCGCCUCCUGCAGGACAGGUCCCUCCUCCUCCUCCAGUCCCAGCCUGCUGACUAAGAGUCUUCCUCUGGAGCCGUCCUGUUCACCGUGCGGUCACCUGGUGGCGCUGGAUGCUGACACUCCACAGCAGCCGACCUCUGACCAGGGGCUCGUCUCCUCCCCCUCAGGCCCCACCUCCCUGGAGAGAGGGGCUCUGGGAAUGAAGCAACAGAGCUCGGCUAGUGAGCCGAGACCGUCGGAUUUAACUCCACUGAGCAGGAGCAGAGCGCCCCCACCUGGACCCAAACCUCAGGUCCCUCCGAAGCCCCCCCACCUUCAGCAGGCGACGCUGUCGCAACCACGACCCAGGGUUCCAGGGAAGCCCCUCCCCCCUCCUCCACCAUGUAGACCACUCCCAGCAGAUCCCAGAGGGGGGCGUGUUGCGCCCACACGCGCCGAGGGCACCGCGUCCCCCACAUGUGUCCUGUCACUCAUCGAGAAGUUUGAACGUGAGCAGAUCAUCGUAGUUCCUGACAUCACUGGGGGGGCGUUAUGUCCCCGCCUCCCUGACCCGCCCUCCCCUUGUCCCUCUUCACCACCGUCCACCCUCGCUGCUCCCUUACCUGACGAGGUGCUUCCCUCUCCGGUCAAAGGUCGUGAUGACAUCAUAGCGGGGGAUAAGCAGGGUGACCCACAGGCUGAUGAUGAUGAUGAUCAUGAUGAUGAUGAUGAUGAUGAUGAAGAUGAAGAGCUGGCAGCAGCUUGUCUCGAUGACAUCCAUCAGAAGCGCUUGUCCAUGGAGUCGGGCUGCAGUGCCUCAGAGAAGCUCCUGGAAGACGAGGUGGUUGCCGUGGAGAUGAGGGAGCAACAACAACAACAGCAGCCACCGCUCGACCAAUCAGAGCUUCCAUCUGAGCGUUUGUCCCUCCCCUCCUCGCAGACGGACGGGAAGCUGGCCAAUCGGGACAGUGGGAUCGACAGCAUCAGUUCUCCGUCACACAGCGAGGAGCUGUGCUUCGCUGGCAUUGAUGAUGGGGGUGUGGUCUACUCCUGCAGCCCCGCCCUCCUGCCCCGCCUCUCCAGCUCAUCCUCAUACGCUGGUGAGGGAGAGGGGGAGGAGGCGGGCGUAAGGGGAGCGGCGAGAAGGAGGAGGGAUUUCUCUGAGGAGGGUGACAGUGACCUGGAGGAGGAGGAGGCGGAGCUUACGCUUGUGCUGCCUCCACCCACAACAACAGAAAGACAGGAUUCUGCUGAGAUGUCCGUCCAGCAGCGGGUUUUCAACAUCGCCAACGAGCUGCUGCACACUGAGACCGCCUACGUCUCUAAGCUCCACCUUCUGGACCAGGUCUUCUGUGCCAGACUCCUGGAGGAGGCUCGCUCUCGCUCGUCGUUCCCCUGUGAUGUGGUUCAGGGAAUCUUCUCCAAUAUCUGCUCCAUCUACUGCUUCCACCAGCAGUUCCUGCUGCCAGCGCUGCAGAAGAGGAUGGAGGAGUGGGAUUCGAACCCUCGGAUCGGGGACAUCCUGCAGAAGCUGGCUCCCUUCCUGAAGAUGUACGGAGAGUACGUGAAGAACUUUGACCGGGCCAUGGAGCUGGUCAACACGUGGACAGAGAGGUCAACUCAGUUCAAGAGCAUCGUCCAUGAGAUCCAGAGGGAGGAGCGUUGUGCUAACCUGACUCUGCAGCAUCACAUGUUGGAGCCAGUUCAGAGAAUUCCUCGUUACGAGCUGCUGCUAAAAGAUUAUCUGCACCGACUACCAGAGGACGCCCCGGACUGCAGGGACGCCCAGAAGUCUCUAGAGCUCAUCGCCACAGCAGCAGAACAUUCAAACGCCGCCAUCAGGAAGAUGGAGAGAAUGAGGAAACUGUUGAAGGUCUACGAGUUGUUGGGAGGAGAAGAAGACAUCGUGAACCCGACCAACGAGCUGGUGAAAGAAGGACACAUCCUGAAACUGUCCAACAAGAACGGGACGACGCAGGACCGAUACCUCAUACUGUUCAGCGACAGGCUGCUGUACUGUGUCCCAAAGCUGCGCCUGAUUGGUCAGAAAUAUGGUGUCCGCGCUCGCAUUGAUGUGGACGGCAUGGAGCUGAAGGAGACGAGCAGCACCGCUGUGUCGAGAACCUUCCUGGUGUCAGGAAAACAGAGGUCAUUGGAGCUACAGGCCAGGACAGAGGAGGACAAGAAGGACUGGAUCCAGGCCAUCCAGGUGACCAUUCAGAGACAUGAACAGACGAUGGAGAGCUCAAGACAUUUAACCUGUUCACUACGUGAUGAAGAGUCCACACCUCCUCACUCCCCGAGUUGUGUGGAGUUGGGGAAACGAGCUCCGACUCCGAUCAGAGAGAAUGAGGUCACUCUGUGUAUGAAAUGUCAGGAGCCGUUUAACUCCAUCACCAAGAGACGACAUCACUGUAAAGCCUGUGGACACGUGGUUUGUGGGAAAUGUUCAGAGUUUCGUGCUCGUUUGUCGUACGACAACAACCGAGCCAAUCGCGUUUGUGUCGACUGCUAUGUGACACUGGUGGGCGUGUUUCCCUCGCCCGCCGCACUGAGCAGCAGCACACAGAGGAGGCGCUCAAUCCUGGAGAAACAGGCCUCGCUGGCGGCAGAGAACAGUGUCAUGUGUAGUUUCCUUCACCACAUGGAGAAGGGAGGGGGGCGGGGCUGGCAAAGGGCGUGGUUUGUCAUCCCUGAGAACGAGCCACUGGUGCUUUACAUCUACGGAGCGCCGCAGGACGUGAAGGCGCAGCGCAGCGUCCCUCUGAUCGGCUUCGACGUCUCACUCCCUGAGUCAUGUGACCGUCUGGAGAGACGCCACGCCUUCAAGAUGUCCCAGAGUCAUCUGACGCUGUACUUCAGCGCCGACGGGGAGGAGCUACAACGGCGGUGGUUGGAUGUCCUGUCCAGGGCCGGGAGGGGGGAGGAGCCUCAGGUCCAACGGCCAAUCGUGGAGAGCCUAGAGGAGGAGGGGGAGGAGCUUGCAGAGAACGAAAACACAUGAUUCUAUUGGAUGAGAAAGAAUGACGAUGAAGAAGACAGGGCCUGAUGAUAGAGAUCAGUCCAUAAUGGCAACACACACACACACACACACAGAACCUAUGUAUAUUACAUUUGCAUGACUCCGCCCACUGUCGACACAACAUGGCCUCUCUUUCUCUCUCUCACGUUGCUUAACCUGUGUCAGGUGAGCUGGGCUGAGCCUCACUCUCUCCACACCCAUGAUUCUCAGCUGCUGUCGCCAUGGAGACACCUCCAGCCACAGUUUUGACAUUGUGAAUUUAUUCGACGUCGUUCCACGUCUCUCACUGUGAUUGGUCGUUUGUUGUGAUGACAUCAUCGACCACAGAUCAGCUGACAUUUACUGACAGACUGAACCUCGCCCAUGUGUCAGUCAGUGGAGCCUCCCUGUGGCCAGUCACAGUACUGCGGCGAUUUGUACCAGUGGUGGAGCAGGGUACUGCAACAACACAAAGAGUCAGAAGAAGACUAUAUAUAAAGUUUAACUGGAGGAGAUUUUAUACAUUCAGAUUCUAAUCAUUGACAAUAUUAAUAUAUACAUUUAUAUACGUAUAUAUAUGUAUAUAAAAUAAGAAUUAAUGGUGUGUUCACGUUGCUGUCAGAAAGUCGGAGCAACCUCACAAACGCAAGCCUCCAAGACGGCCGCCACUCACACACUGAUACUUUUACCGUUAAUUUCAUUUACGUAAAUGGAACGCACCAUAAGAAGCAACCUGAUCAAUUAUAUAAAGAAUAUUUGAGGCUAAUGAACAAAAAAAUGUUCUAUAGUUUGACUUAUGGGCACAAAACGUGCACAGGCAUUUACUGUAUAUACACAAUAUAUACAUACAUACGUGUAUACACACACACACACACAGUUGAUGCAGGAAAGUAUAUUAUGAUAAUAAUUAUAUAUAUAUAUAUAUAUAUACACAUAUACAGUACAUAGACACAGUGUCUCUGCUCCUUCCAAAAACAUAAACGUGGACACACGUGAACUUCACACAGGACAAUGACCCGUCCAUCAAGAAAACGUUCAAAUGUGUGAUGUCAUCGCAGAGGUGUGUGAUGUCAUCACAGAGGUGUGUGAUGUCAUCACAGAGCCGUCUGAAAAGCGUGGACGCUGCGUCCCUCCUGAAGAAAACCACUCAGUGUUAAGUCUGACCUGCGGAUACUCCUCGGUGAUGUCACAGCUGCCGAACUACACUUCCCAGCAUCCUCUUCUGCAGCUUCUCAUCACUGCCCUGAGGAAACCCCCUGGAUUACAGAACUUUAUUUAAAUUUAAAUUUAAACCAAACCAAACAACUUAUUUGUUUCAUCGUCAAUUUAAUUUAUAACUGUCAUUUAAAUUAUUUAAUAUCAUGUUUCCCUGGAAAAAUUUAAAAAAUGAAAUUUAAUAUGUCAAACAUGUUGAACAUGAGAAAGCUUCAGUUUUUAUUGUGGAGUUUAUGAAGAAAUGAUAAUUCAUAUUUAAAAAAAAAAUUGAUGAUAAAAAUAUUAACUGUGAGACGUGAGAAGAACCAUGACCUCUGACCUCCCCGGGUCAUGGACUCGCUGAUGUUCAGUUGAAGAAGAGACUCGUUGUUUUAAUGAUGAUGUUGUUGUUGUUGUUUACGUGUUUAUGAAUCUGCCUUGUGUUUGUUUGCUUGAUGCAAAAAGAAAACAAAGAGUCAAGACUUUUGUAAAUAUUAAUUUAUUCUCACGUGGCCCCACCCCCCCAGUCAUGUGACUGUGCAGUAGUGAAUUGUUCCUCCCUCAGUUAGAGCCCAGCAGGCGGCCAUGUUGGCUCGACUGGCUGAAGGUUCAAUUCUCUGUCACACUGUGUUAGCUUUGCAUUAGCCUAGCAUAGCAUCAAGAUGGAGGCAGGAGUGAGCAUUCAUUUAGCUUAAACCAGCUAACUGAGACAACUCAGGCUAAUGAUGCUAACCGGGGGUUAGCUGGUUAACCCUUCUGCUACGGCAUGUGUACUUCUCAUUUCUGUAACGCCUAGACCAUUUGUGAUAUCUACAAAAUUCAAAAACUAUGGACUGGCAAUCUGUCCAGGGUGUGACUCCGCCUUUCACCCUAUGUCAGCUGAGAAUGGCACAGCACCCCCACUUCCCUCAUGUGGAGGAUAAAGUGGUGGAAGACGGAUGGAUGGAUACCGGAAAGGAGAGAAAUCGAGCUUUGCGCCAAUAUACUUGUCAUUACGGUAGACAACCGCGCAACUCACUCAAUCAUUGAACACUUUUUGACAAUUCUACAGCCAUAAAAUUCAAAUAAAUCUAGGCGGCCUGAUUAUUAUGGCGGUCAUAAGAGGGUCAAAAUGAUUUGACUGUGCUGUUAUUUAAUUAGGCUAACAGUUCAGCUCCUCAUCCAGUCUUUUUGCUAAGAUAGGCUAAACAAAAUCUUGAAAGUGAAUUUCUCACAGUGUUGGACUGUGUGGUGCUCAGUGUGUGUGUGUGUGUGUGAUUGUUACAGCGUGUUUUUAGCAUGGUUUUAGCGUGUCCAGCAGACUCCACCCACUGAGGUAACACCAUCAUCAGGUGAAAAAUGUUUGAACUGAUGAGUCAAUGUUUCUUUUGCAAGAUAAGAUUUGUUCUUGUUUGUUACAGACAUUAAGAGACGGUUCUGGUUCAAACUGGUUCUGAUCAGCGCAGCUUCAGUGACAUCACAUUCCAGUUAGCGGUGUGGCUUACACUCAGUUUUAAAUGUUGCUGAACAGUGGAACGGCUUUAAAUGUUUGAUUUGGUUGAACACAAAACUAAUUUACAGCCAGUUCAAACCAGUCAGAGCGAGACACUUCAGACCAGUUUUGACCUGUCUCAUCUGACCUGACGUCAGUUGGUGGUUUUGUAUUUAUUUGUGAGUUUUUUUUACUUCCUGUUUGUGCUGAUUGUGCCAAGGUCUGUGUUCCUUCAUCACAGUGAUGUCAUCAUCCUGCCCCAUCAUUAAUGGCUGCUGUUACAUGGGUUGCUGAGGUCAGGGGUCAGAGGUCAACAUUUCUGAUAUGAGCUGUGUUAUUAUGCUGUUACCAUGGUGACAUUGGGAGGUUGAAAGAAAGCAAUAUUUCAGUUUGUAGAUGAGAAACAUAUUUUUUGACUCAGCUGUCAAAGAACCAAUCAGAGGAGGACGAGGCCAUGAUGGCAUGUGACCACGGUGACCCGCCCCUUAGUGGUGAGAGUCUAGUUACCAUGACAUCCUGCAGGUGUAACAUGUCUGUGCUCCCUCUGCUACUUUGUUGUUAUGGAUUUUGGAUUAUGGAUUAUGGAUUGAGUGAUUGAUUGAUUGAUUGAUUGCAGGUUAUUGGUUAGUGGCCGGCCACUGCCUUCCAUCCUGUCUGUUACCCAUCAUGCCUUUCUGUACGAACAUGUUUAUGAGGAUACACAAGAAAUAAAAACAAAACUGACUGUAAA